GGGGGGGGAAGGUUCCUUCUGAGGGGAGACCUUGGGGACCCCCCCCUCUCCCUCAAGGACGACUACAUGGAGGGGACCCUCACCCAACGGUGAGGCAUACCAUCCUGAUCCUCCUCGUGCCUUGUGAUGGCUUCGUCGUUGCCUGGAAAGGAUCGCUGAGGGACCCUAACUGCUGCGGUGUGGGGAGACAGCUGUGUAAAAUCCACAAGACAAAAGCCUCUUCGGAUUUCAAUGUUCAGGGAGCAGAGCUUUUUACAAGCCAGAUUGGAAGCCCGGGGAGGAAGGAAGAGACCCAGCCGUCCAAAAGGCACCGAUUCCCUUAGGAGGAGAGUCAGCCUAAAUGCUGCGAUGCCUUCCUGGCCUUUGGAGGAUACCAUGCUGGCCGAUGACCACUGAGAGCAUGCAGAGGCCCAGGCAUCACCAGUGGGGCAGGCGUGUGACGGCGUGGGGGCUGCUCUAACCGCUGGGCACGCUACAAUAUGGGCCAGUGCGUCACCAAGUGCAAGAAUCCUUCUUCCACUCUGGGUAGCAAAAAUGGCGAUCGGGAGGCCCACGGCAAAGCUCACGGGAAGCGGAGCACCAAUCACAAGGAGGAGCUCAACCUGGUUGGCAGGAAACCCUCUGGAGAUAUUCUGGUCAAUGGGACAAAGAAGGUGGAAGCUGCUUUAGAACCCAACCAGGCUCCCACUUCCUCUGGAGAUGCCCGGAAAGAGCCCGUCUCGGGCUCCGAGGAAUCGUUCCUCCACAGAACUGAGGAAUUGUUCAGGAGGUACAAGGACGAACGAGAAGACGCCAUAUUGGAGGAAGGCAUGGAGCGUUUUUGCAACGACCUCUGCGUUGACCCCACGGAAUUCAAAGUGCUCGUGCUGGCUUGGAAAUUUCAAGCGGCCACUAUGUGCAAAUUCACAAGGAUGGAGUUUUUUGAGGGUUGCAAAGCAAUAAACGCGGACACCAUCGACGGGAUUUGCGCCCGGUUCCCCAGCCUCUUGACCGAAGCGAAGCAAGAAGAUAAAUUCAAAGACCUCUACCGUUUCACUUUCCAAUUCGGCUUGGAUUCGGACGAAGGCCAGAGGUCGCUCCACCGGGAAAUAGCCAUCGCUCUCUGGAAGCUGGUUUUCACGCAGAACAAGCCUCCCAUUUUGGACCAGUGGUUACACUUCUUGACCGAGAACCCUUCGGGUAUCAAGGGGAUCUCCCGUGACACCUGGAACAUGUUCCUUAAUUUUACUCAGGUCAUCGGGCCGGACCUCAGCAAUUACAGCGAGGACGAGGCUUGGCCCAGCCUCUUUGACACUUUCGUGGAAUGGGAGACGGAGCGACGGAGGAAGGGGGAGGAAGAGGAGGGUCCCACCCGCUUGGAGGAUUUACAGACAGCGUCCCCGUGUACAGACCAUCACGCGGCCUGACAGUUUCGACAGCGGCAAUUGUUCCCCCCCACUUCCCUUUCCCUCCCCCCCCCCACUUCAUGGCCCGUAAGCUCAGAACUCCUCUGGAAUUUACAGACUUCUCCAGAUUUUUUUCUACUUUACACCUUUCUCUGCCUUGUAUUUUGAAAGGGCUUUAAAAUGCUGUAUCCAUAUUUUAGGCACUUUCUUUUUAAAAAAAUGGGCUAUUCCCGUUCCUCCUCUCCUCGAAAAGUUUAAUUCUCCCCUUCCCUUCCCUUCCCUUCCCUUCCCUUCCCUUCCCUUCCCUUCCCUUCCCUUCCCUUCCCUUCCCUUCCCUCUGGUUGCGAGUUAAAUGAUUUUAUUUCCAAAUGGUUUUCAGGCUGGUAUGCUUCUUUGCCCCAGGUUACACAACUUUCAAAGGAAUAUAUAUAUAUUCCUUUGAAAGUUGUAUAUAUAUAUAUACAACUUUCAAAGGAAUAUACAACUUUCAAAGAAUAUAUAUAUAUAUAUAUAUAUUCUUCUUUUUCCUGGUGAGGUUAAAUUAACAUCACUAAAUUAUUACAGUGCCAGAUUGAAGUUCUGCAUUUUUUUGUUUUUUUUUUUAAACAGAGCAGGCCUAUACUGUGUGUAGUGCUGUUUACAUUGUUGAAUUUUUAUUUUUAAGGUUGUGAUAAUUUUAAGAUUUAUACCACGAUUGAUAACAGUAUAAAACUGUUCAGGGCAAAUGCGUUUAAAAUUCCCAGGCAAACAAAAGUUACGUUGAAAGACUGUACUGUUGCCAUUAUAUAUAUAUAUAAUAUAUAUAUAUAUAUAUACUAUACUAAAACACCCAAGAUUCUGAAAAAGGUGGUGAGAAUUUGCAGUGCGUCCUUUUCUGAUUUCCAGUUAUCCUCCGUUCACUCGCUUUCCAGGAGGAGCUUGUAAAGCAGGGUUUCCCCACGCUUGGCAACUUUUAAGACUUGUGGACUUCAACUCCCAGAAUCCCCCACCCCAGCCAGCCAGCCAGCCAGCCAGCAUGGAAUUCUGGGAGUUGAAGUCCAGGCAUCUGAAAAAGUCGCCCUAUUUGGGAAACUCUGUUGUAAGGCUUUUCACAGCAGCCCUUUUCGGUUGUGAGCGUUUUUCUCUUGAUUCUCUCUCCCCUCCCGCUGAAAGGAAACCACGCUGCCUCAAAGGGGACAUUUAACUGCCAAAUUCUGGCAUCGCCAUUUUGAAUACUUUUUUUGGAGGGGAGGCACAAAUUGGGUGUGUCAGGCCAGCGAGAUCUCAGCCUUGAUCUGAAGAAGAACGGCUCUCAAAUCUUGGCAACUUUAAGACUUGUGGAUUUCAACUCCCAGAAUUCCCCAGCCAGCAAAGCUGGCUGGGGAAUUCUGGGAAUUGAAGUCCACACAUCCCUAAGGUUGCUAUCGCUGAAAAAAAAAACUAGUUUAGACACCCCCCCAAGAAGAUGGUGUACAUUUCUUGGCAGCUUGAAUGCUUCAAAACGGAGGCUCGUUUACACAGAAUUGCCUGCCCCACCAGGAUGGUAGGUGGGCUCGAGGCAGUGGGGGAAUAGAAAAAAAAAAAAUUUAGCUUCCCCUUUUGCUAGAGAAAAGAGUCUUCAGACAAGGGAAAGAGGCCUGGGAAUAUCCUUAAUGAUCCCAUCCAAAGACCAGUUUUAAGCAAUGCACCAGAUCAGUCAAUUCCAUCAGGAUUGGAAGGCAAAAACGAUUUGAGAUUUUAAUUCACUAACAACCGGGCAGGCGGGAGGGAAAGAAAGAAAGAAAGAAAGAAUGGUCUUUAAUGAAUAAAGAAAUACUUGAAAUUCACAUCCUCUUCUCAGCGGCUGAGAGCAGAGGGUGGCACCCCUUUUUUUGUGUUUCUUUGAACGACUGCAUUAAAAGUUCCUUUUCCAAAAUUGUA